AUGAUUAACCUGAACCUGAAGCAGCCUCUCAUGCUGCCCGCGCACCAGAGCAAUGUCGUCGGCUCGCGCCUAGCGUCGUGGCCCUCAGCGGCGGCCGUCGUCAGCAGGCGGAGGGGCGGCGGCGUGUCCUCCUCCUCCUCCCGGUCCCGGUCGUCCCGGCGGCACAUGCGGCUGCCGAGGAUCAGCUGCAGCGCCACCGAGGAGGUCAGCGGCGCCGUGGCGUCCGUCACCGUGGAGCAGAUGCUGACGGUGUCGGCCACGGUGGAGGCGUCGCCGGCCAUCGGGCAGAUGUACUUCCAGCGCGCCCUCGACGACGUCCGCGACCUCCUCGGCAAGACGCUGCUCAUGGAGCUCGUCAGCUCCGAGCUCGACGCAAAGACGGGUCUGGAGAAGCCGCGGGUGACGGCGUUCGCGCACAAGACGCUGCGGGAGGGCCACUACGAGGCGGAGUUCAAGGUGCCGGCGUCGUUCGGGCCGGUGGGCGCGGUGCUGGUGGAGAACGAGCACCACAAGGAGAUCUUCAUCAGGGAGAUCAAGCUCGUCACCGGCGGCGACAGCAGCACCGCCGUCACCUUCGACUGCAACUCCUGGGUGCACUCCAAGUUCGACAAGCCGGAGAAGCGCAUCUUCUUCACCCUCAAGUCCUACUUGCCGUCCGACACGCCCAAGGGCCUGGAGGACCUGAGGAAGAAGGACCUGCAGGAACUGCGCGGCGACGGGAGCGGCGAGCGCAAGGCGUUCGAGCGCGUCUACGACUACGACGUGUACAACGACCUGGGCGACCCGGACAAGAACCCCGACCACCAGCGGCCCAUCCUCGGCGGCAGCAAGCGGUUCCCGUACCCGCGCCGGUGCCGCACCGGCCGCGCCCGGACCAAGAGGGACCCCCAGAUGGAGAAGCGCGACGGGCACCACUACGUGCCCCGCGACGAGCAGUUCUCGGAGGUGAAGCAGCUCACGUUUGGGGCCACCACGCUGCGCUCGGGCCUGCACGCGCUGCUGCCGGCGAUCAGGCCGAUGCUGGUCAAGAAGGAGCUGCGCUUCCCGCACUUCCCGGCCAUCGACGAACUCUACAGCGACGGCAUCCCGCUGCCGGCGCAGACCGGAUUGGACGCCAUCCGCAGCGUCGUCCCGCGCGUGGUCAAGCUGGUGGGGGACACCACCGAUCACGUACUCCGCUUCGAGGUCCCGGAGAUGAUAGAGAGGGACCGCUUCUCGUGGUUCAAAGACGAGGAGUUCGCGAGGCAGACGAUCGCGGGGCUGAACCCGCUGUGCAUAAAGCUCCUGACGGAGUUCCCCAUCAGGAGCAAGCUGGACCCGGAGGUGUACGGCCCGGCGGAGUCCGCCAUCACCAAGGAGAUCCUGGAGAAGCAGAUGAACUGCGCCAUGACCGUGGAGCAGGCGCUGGCGGCGAAGCGGCUCUUCAUCCUGGACUACCACGACGUGUUCCUGCCCUACGUGCACAGGGUGCGGGAGCUGCCGGACACGACGCUCUACGGCUCCCGCACCGUCUUCUUCCUCACGGACCUGGGCACGCUCCUGCCGCUGGCCAUCGAGCUGACGCGCCCCAAGUCGCCGACGAAGCCGCAGUGGAAGCGGGUGUUCACGCACGGGCCCGACGCCACCGACGCGUGGUUGUGGAAGCUUGCCAAGGCGCACGUGCUCACCCACGACACCGGGUACCACCAGCUGGUCAGCCACUGGCUGCGCACGCACUGCUGCGUGGAGCCCUACAUCAUCGCCGCCAACCGGCAGCUCAGCCACCUGCACCCGGUGUACCGCCUCCUGCACCCGCACUUCCGCUACACCAUGGAGAUCAACGCGCUGGCCAGGGAGGCGCUCAUCAACGCCGACGGCAUCAUCGAGGAGUCCUUCUGGCCGGGGAAGUACGCCAUGGAGCUCUGCUCCGUGGCGUACGGCGCCACGUGGCAGUUCGACACGGAGGCGCUGCCCAACGACCUCGUCAAGCGUGGGCUCGCCGUGCGCCGGGACGACGGCGAGCUGGAGCUCACCAUCAAGGACUACCCCUACGCCCACGACGGGCUCAUGGUCUGGAACUCCAUCAGGCAGUGGGCGGCCGACUACGUCAACGUCUACUACAAGUCCGACGAGGCCGUCGCCGCCGACCCGGAGCUGAAGGCGUUCUGGGACGAGGUGCGCAACGUGGGCCACGGCGACAAGAAGGACGAGCCGUGGUGGCCCGUGCUCAACACCCGCGACAGCCUCGUGGAGACGCUCACCACCAUCAUGUGGGUCACCUCCGCCCACCACUCGGCCGUCAACUUCGGCCAGUACCACUUCGGCGGCUACUUCCCCAACCGCCCGACCACCAUCCGGAAGAACAUGCCCGUGGAGGAGGGCCAGGACGAGGAGAUGAAGAAGUUCCUGACGCAGCCGGAGACGACCAUGCUGGAGAUGCUACCCACGCAGAUGCAGGCCAUCAGGGUCAUGACGACGCUGGACAUCCUGUCGUCGCACUCGCCCGACGAGGAGUACAUGGGGGAGUUCGCGGAGCCGUCGUGGCUGGCGGAGCCCAUGGUGAAGGCGGCGUUCGAGAAGUUCAGCGGCAGGAUGAGGGAGAUCGAGGGAUUCAUCGACGAGUGCAACAACCACCCGGAGAACAAGAACCGGUUUGGAGCCGGGAUCGUGCCGUACGAGCUGCUCAAGCCCUUCUCCAAGCCGGGAGUCACCGGGAGGGGCAUCCCCAACAGCAUCUCCAUCUGA